AAGAUGGAUCUCAAGUGUGCUCUGGAAGAAUGUUCAAUGGCAUUGAACUUAUUUCUAAACAAUAAGUUCUCUGAAGCCCUGGAACUGCUUCGCCCAUGGUCUAAAGAUAGUAUGUACCAUGCCCUUGGGUACAGCACUAUUUUAGUUAUGCAAGCUGCUAUGACCUUUGAACAGCAGGAUAUACAAAUGGGAAUUUCUACAAUGAAAGAAGCUUUGCAAACCUGCCAAAGAUUCAGGAAGAGAAGCACAAUGGUGGAAUCCUUGUCCAAUCUAGUUUCUAAACACCCAGUGGAUCAGCUAUCUGAAGAGGAAAUGCAUGCUGAAAUCUGCUAUGCUGAAUGCUUACUACAGAAAGCAGCUCUUACCUUCGUCCAGGAUGAAAAUAUGAUCAACUUUAUCAAAGGUGGCCUCAAAAUUAGGACAAGUUACCAAAUAUACAAAGAAUGUCAUCAGGUGCUACAGAUGGCUCAGGGGAACAAAAGCAAAAAUGAAACGUAUUACCAGUUUGAAGGAGGAGUAAAACUUGGAAUCGGAGCAUUCAACUUGAUGCUGUCACUUUUACCAGGAAGGAUUCUCCGGCUUCUAGAAUUUAUUGGAUUUUCUGGCAACAGGGAGCUGGGCCUCUGUCAACUACGGGAAGGCGCAUCUGGCAGUAGUUUGAGGGCCAUUCUGUGCACUUUCACCCUGUUGGUUUAUCAUACUUAUGUCUCCUUAAUCCUUGGUACAGGGGAAGCCAACCUUCAGGAAGCAGACAGUCUCCUUGAACCCUACCUCCAGAAAUUUCCAAAUGGUUCCAUUAUUCUGUUUUAUGCUGCCAGAAUAGAUAUACUGAAAGGGAAUUUUGAAAAGGCACAGUUGAGGUUCCAAGAAUGCAUAGCAGCCCAGCAAGAGUGGAAACAGAUUCAUCAUCUCUGUUACUGGGAACUGAUGUGGUGCUGCACAUUCCAGCAGAACUGGCUUCAAGCAUAUCGGUAUGCAGACCUGCUCAGCAAAGAGAGCAGGUGGUCUAAGGCAAUAUACGUGUUUCAGAAGGCGUCAAUUCUGUGUAUGCUUCCAGAGGAUGAUUUGAAAAGGACUGGUGAGGACAUUGUAUCUUUAUUCAGACAAGUGGAUGGUUUAAAACAGAGAAUUGCAGGAAAAUCUAUCCCGACUGAGAAGUUUGCAGUAAGGAAAGCUCGACGCUAUGCAAGUCCUCAACCAGUGAAGCUAAUAUUACCUGCCUUGGAAAUGAUGUAUGUCUGGAAUGGCUUUGCUAUUGUGGGCAAAAGAGCAGACUUCACUGAAAAUCUCCUGGUAACAAUUGAAAAAGAAGAAGCUGCUCUACAAAACGAAACUA